AUGGCAGAAAGAGAGUUGAAAAAACAAGAAGACAAAGAGAAAAGAAAUAAGCACGACAUUGCAGCUGGAGAAAAACAUGAGGAUGUGGCGAGGAUGAACGAGUCGCUCGAUAUGGCGUCUCGUGGUGCAGCCAGGUCUGUGCUAGCCACGACGUAUCUCGCCGUCCAAGAUCCGUCGUCAUCGGGAGAUAGAACUGACAACUCAGAUUCAAAACCAAGCCGAUCCACCUCUGCUAUGGCCUCUGCCCACCAGCAUCACUCUAGAUAUUCUCUCCCCACCGUUCCCCAGAGUUCUCAGAGCGAUUUUCGUCUUCCCUCUCUCAAGGACCUCAACUUCCAGUAUCGCUCUCCAAGCGGCACCUCCCAACCGCCGCCCCCGACAGAGCUAGUACCCCAGCAACAGGACCACCCUAGGCAUCAAACAACCUCAUGGGGUCGUUCAGUACAACCUACAAACCCUUCUGCUGCUUCAGUUCAGUCCCAUCCCCACCAGCAGCAGCAUACUCCUCCCUUGUCUGCUGGCCAUGAAGCAACUCCUAAAGUAGAGUAUCCGUCAAAACACGAAAAUGGCGGUUAUGCCCACCCAGGCAUUCCCCUCUCCGCACAGACCCAGCCGGCUCCUGCCUCGGUCAACAUCACUAAUCUACGCAACGAAGACAUCCCCCAUUCGCCUAUUCAACCUACUCAAGCCACAAAACGACGGAAUCUCACGGAAACGAUCGCUGCUCGGGAUUCUCAUUAUGCACCACCCGUAUCCUAUCAGCAGUAUGCAGCACCGCCCGUCGCGUAUCCUGCUGUACCCGGUCCUCCGCCCCACAACGCCCAGCCAGCACCUCCAGCGCCGCCUCCAGUAUCUCAUGAACAGAUGCAGCACCAUUCGAUACCUCCUUCCUAUACUACAUACCAGCAACAGCAGUACAUGCAACCUCGACCUCCGGUCAUGCACCAACAGCAUCCAACGCAUCCUCACCCUACACAUUCAAAUCCCUAUCCAUCACCUGGCCCUCCACCUCCGGCGCCGCCUCCUCAAGGUCCAUGGAGUCAGCAACCUCAACACGCUCCUCCCCCUCCUCAACAUCCUUCACACCAACAACCUCCACCACCCCAGCAGCAGCAGCAACCUCCACCCCCACCGCAGCAACAGCAGCAGCAACACCAUGUACAGCAACACCCUUCUCAUAUUCCACCGCAUCAACAACAACAGCCUCCUCCUAUAACUUCUAAUCCCUCUUACGGAGUAUCUCCGCAUCACCUACAACACGCUCCUCAACCUCCUCCGCCCCAACAACAAAUCCAGCAGCAUGCCCCUCCUCAGCCACCACCGCCGCAGCCGCCCCAUCAUUAUCAGCCACCACCUCAACAGCAGCAACAGCAGCAGCAGAUCCCGUUUGCCCGGACAACUGCAAUCGUACCAACUAACAUUGACACCCGAUCGUCAUACCCUUCAAGCGAACCCGAAAGAGCUCCACCUCCGCCCCCUCUUGCUCGCCCGGGCGACACAAUGUCGGAGAGGCAACAUGUGCCUCCGCCCCAGCCUUCGCAGGGUGAAUUAGAGGACAUGCUCCGUCUCGCUCAGGAACUCGUUCGCUUAUUGGAGGAAACGAAGCGUGCCAAUGCUCCGGAGACUGAUCAAAGUAGGAUGAGUGCACCCGAACCAAUGCAGGAAUCUCCGGAUGAUCCCCGACCUCCUAAACGUCCAUGGGAGGACAUUUCACAGGAUGAUGUUACACAAAAUGAACAAAGCUCCUUUCCCGAACAGCAAUAUGCCUCCGGAGGGGAUGUCAAACCUCAAACAACGGCAGAGCAAGAUAUGGAGCUCAUCCGAACAAAACGUGCUACUACAACGGCAGGGACAAAUGGGCCUCCUGGGCAACCGAAAAGCAAGUAUAGGAAGCGAAGUCGGGCAACACCUCCGGGCAAGUGCCAUUCAUGUAACAUCAGAGAGACGCCUGAAUGGCGGCGGGGUCCCGACGGGGCAAGAACACUUUGCAAUGCUUGUGGGCUUCAUUACGCGAAGCUCAUGCGCAAAAGAGACAAAAAUGGGGCUAAUGGUGAGGCACCGCAAAUCGACAUGGAAACGCUGCGUGCCUCAGCUCGCGCAGCUGAGAUAGACAAACCCUCGCGGUCGAAACAAGCUCAAUCGCGGUCGCACCCGUCCGAGCCUGCAUCACCUGCGGAGGUCAAACAACAGACGCCACAACAGCAUCACCAGAGCACGUUCCAACUCAUGAACAUGAUGGCACCAACGACGGAACAGAGCUCGUCGACGAUGAGCAGCGAAUCUUCGCGGGCGCCUCCGCCUCCUCAGUCGCAUAAUAGCAUGCCACCUCCUUCGCUGCCGCCUCAGCCGCCUUGGUCAACUUCGUCUACACCACGGUUAUAUGCAGCUCCUGAACAUUUACAGCAUCAGUCCUUUAUAAGAGGAUCUCAACAUAGUGCCCCUUCGCGUUGA